UGACCACAAGAUGGUGAUAAGCCGGAAGAUGGUGCCCCUGGUAUCAUUCUUGGCUGCCCUGCGCAUCCUUACAGAAGCUCAAAGUUGCAAUAACGGUGUCGGGAAACUAAUGUUUGAAAGAGUAGCUGAUUACAAGCUUUCGGGGACAAGUAGCACUAGUUUCGGGGGAACGAGGAGAGCAGAGGUGAUCACCCGCAAGGACCUACCCAUCAGGGUCCUUUCUGAAUGCAUACGAAGAUGCGCGGAGGAUCGAACUACAACUCAACAUGUACCACAAUGUCGUUCCUUCGACUUCCUGCCGGGCAAAAGGAUAAGUCCCGCACCGGAAGGAAACGAAGUAAUAUCUGGUAGAAGCUCAACUCUAGCAGAAUAUGAAGAUUCUAGCUGCUACCUAUAUUACGAUCAAGCGUCACCAGACGGCUCUGAAACGCUUGUAAAAGCGCAAGAUGUAUGGCAUUUCAAUGAAGUCUGCAUUACGUCCAGCAAAGUCAGUACAGAAUGCAGCAAUCGGCUCUACGUCAUGGAGCGAACGCCUGGAUUUCGGUUUGAAGGCGGGUCUGGGGACAGAGAACUGUUUGCCGUUAAUCGAACAGACUGUGAAAGCAAAUGCAUCAACGAGGAAAGUUUCAAAUGCCGAUCCUGCAGUUUUGAUAGAGCUGGAUCUGUUUGUCGACUCAGUCGGGAGACAAGGGCAAUGAACCCAGGAGGAUUCAUGUCUGACGCUAACAGUGAUUACAUGGAAAACUUGUGCCUAUCUGGUUCUGAUUUGUGCUCUGCAACGGCUCUUAUUUUGGAGGCUGGCAAGGAAUUAGAAGGUGCUUACGAGCGGGAUAUGUUCACAGUUCGUGAUUUCAAAGAUUGUUCAGACAAGUGCAUCCACAGUCUAACCGAACGGGGGUUCAUGUGCCGUUCAUUUCUCUACUACGACAAAAGCAAGACCUGUGUUCUUUAUCCAGACGAUCCAGUCGGCGAUGCUGAAGGGCCGGAUAUCCAUAAACCCCUGAAGUCCAGCAGUGGAGAUCUGUACAGGUUGUUUUGUGGCACUUCCGACAGGGAUGCCCUGAUCAACAACCUGACCUUCGAAUGCUAUCGUCGGAAGCGUUUAGACGGUUCCCACCAGACCGAGAUCAAGUCCUAUUCCUUCCAGGAGUGCCUAGACGAGUGCAUGCGUCGCUAUAACAAAGAGUGCCGCUCCGUAGAGUACAGUUCCAAGUAUCAAUCCUGUCGGUUCAGCAGCUACGACGGAACCAUGAAGCCCGGACUAGUAGACGAUGACUUCUUCGAUUACUAUGAGUUCAAGUGGUUUCGCGGAGUUGGUGGAAACAGUGGCGGUACAAGCUUUGGAACAAGGGGCGGCCCUUGGUCACCGGGUGCGGCCGCCCCUGCAGGAAGUAUGUCCGGAAGUGGCGCGGCAAAUUGGCCAAGUAGCGGAGGAGCUUCAGGCGGAGCUCCCUCUUCUUGGAGUGGCGGUGGAAACAAUAUGUGGAAUCCUGGCAGUGGAUCCAUGGGCGGUAUGGGAGGCAUGGGAGGUAUGAGCGGUUCAUGGCCAAGCGCUGGAGGUAGCUCUGGAUCAAACUCAUGGGCAUCGGGCGCUGGCGGCAGUAGUGGAGGCAUGGCAGCAGGCAGCGGCGGCAUGGGCGCUGGCAACUGGGCCAGCAUGCCACCAAACUCAUGGACUAGUGGAGGAUGGACAAGUAGCGGAUUAUGGCCAAGUGCGGGAGCACCACCACCACCAGAACCUGUUCUUCCACCAUGGCCUGGAGCUCACUUUGCUUGGCCGCCAUUACCACCACUAAUAGGUCCCCACAGCGCUCAUUUCCCUCCUCCCCCGCCUCCUCCGCCACCUUAUCCGCCCCUUCCACCUCCGGAGCUGUGCGGAAAGUCCGGGGGCAUCGGCACCUUCAAGAAGAUCGGAUACGGUAUGAGGAUCCGGAACCACUUCAUCCUGCGCGUGCUCCGGGCAGACACUUUGCCGGACUGCGAGCGAGCGUGCAUAGAGGCCAAGGACUUUCCAUGCCUUUCUUUCAACUUCAGGGCGUUUUUUCCAGACAAUUGUGAACUUAGCGAUCAGGACAGCCACCUUGUGCAAAUCGGAAGCCCGCUGUAUUUCGAACUCAACACACAGUUUGAUUUCUACGAAAGGGAGCCCAGUGGUGUUUUACCCGGUUGUUUGGAUGUGAGCCAAUCCUGCACUUUAGAUGGAAUGGAAUUCUCUCUGAAAACUCCCGAAGGUUUCUACGGCAGAAUCUACACAUACGGGUUUUAUGACACCUGCUUUUAUGACGGAAAUGGUGGCAACGUCAAUGUCCUCAGAAUAUCCAGAGCCAACGGUUUUCCCCGAUGCGGAACUCAACAGUACGGCGACGUGAUCACCAACAUCGUUGUCGUUCAGUUCAAUGACUACGUUCAGACGUCAAGAGACAAGAAGUACAAUCUGACGUGCUAUUUCUCUGGCCCUGGAGAAGCUGUUGUUACAUCCAAUUACCUCGAUACCAGGACGGAUGGACGAUAUCCUACUCAAAUAGAGCAUUUGCCGGCACAGAACAUCUUAACCUCAAGUGUUAUUCUGAAAGUUUUGUACAGAGGGUCACCAACGACUACGAUUGCAGUUGGAGACCUGCUCACAUUCCGGCUCGAAGCAAGAGGAAAUUUUCAUUGGGAAUAUUUUGCGGACAUAUUUGCGACCAAUGUCAUCGCCAAGGAUCCAUACUCCGGACGACAAGUGCACCUAAUUGAUGCUAGAGGGUGUCCAGUGGACCUCUAUGUAUUUCCAGAACUACAUCGAACUCCAGAUGGUGCUCUUGAAGCUGAAUUCUAUGCCUUCAAAAUUCCGGAUUCAAAUUUGCUCGUAUUUCAAGCCACUGUGCAGACUUGCAGAGGUCCUUGUGAACCAGUUAUUUGUAGCGACAAAGCAAGGCCCGGCACGUUCCCCUCUUGGGGGCGCAAGAAGAGAUCUAUUCCAGCCUCAGAAAGCGUAGAAAAUUCUCAAGCAAAUGAUACAGACAUCAUAGAGGAAGAACCUGAAGAAGUGCAUGAACUUUUGAAAGUAUAUUUGUCUCGUUCAGAUAUACCUCCAGAAGAAAGCACCCCCGUUGGUGACAAGAGUUCAACUGUUUGCGUAGCUCAAGCUGGUUAUUAUGGAAUGAUUUCAACAGUCGCCAUUUUAUUGUGCCUCGUUGUGGCAGUCGUAGCUAUGGCUUACUUCUUCAUACGGAGGACUAGAAAACUGGUGAGGAAGAUGGCUGCGACGGGUAUUUCAGCAGCAGGACCAGAAAACCCCUACGUUUCCCAGUUCCAAGUAAGAAAUUUCGCUGAUCCUAGCGAACCAAUCUACACCGAUCCAUCUUUGUUCGAAAGGCCACGGAACACUCUAAGGAGCAUGACAGCCCGUACUUUGGGGAAAUUGAACAACGAUAGAGACUGA